AUGUCUUCCGUAAACACGCUGUUUGAGUGCGCUGCUGACUGUUGUUUCGGGAAGACAAUCAAAGGCGUCUUAAAGUCGAUAGGAAACAAGCAGUCGCCCAUAAAUAUUGAGCCACGAGGAGUUAGGCCGGAUCCGUCCCUGAGCGAGAACCCGCUGAAGUGGUCGGACGGUGACUUGUGGUGUACGAGUCUCUCCAACACCGGUGCCACGUGGCAGGUAAACGUCAAGGCACGGGGACCUAACAUUCGCGGGGGACCUCUGCAGCACGACUACCAACUGGACCGGUUGCACGCACACUGGAGCAAAAACAGCGAAACCGGCAGUGAGCACGCCGUCGACGGGAAGUACUACGCCGGCGAACUGCAUCUGGUUCACUUCAACGCUGAAUUGUACAAGUCGUUUUCGGAGGCUGCCCCAUCCGAACAAGGGCUCGCAGUGCUGGCUGUGUUCUUGAAGGAAGGUGCGCCUCACCCGCAGCUGAAGGGCAUCGUCGAUUGCAUCCCGUACAUCACAUACAAGGGGAUGGAAUGCGCAUUGCAGCAGCCUUUAGACUUCGUCUCGCUGAUUCCCGCGGGAAGUUCCUACUGGACAUACGAAGGCUCACUGACCACGCCGCCAUGGUACGAGAACGUGACUUGGAUUGUCUACAAGCAGCCCAUCGAAGUGUCGCCCGAGCAGUUGGUGGUAUUUCGCAAGUUGAUGUCUUACGAGGAAAGAGUGGAUCCACAGAAGUCAACCGAUGGCCCUAUUGACAGCAACGUGCGACCCAUACAACCUCUGAACCGCCGCGUUGUGCGAGAGCCCUUUGGGAAGCAGCCAGACAGCGUCCCUAUUUCUUAG